GAAGAGGAGCCCCGGACGGCCCCGCGCGGGUGAUGGGCGGCUCCUCAGCCCGGGACUAGCCUGCCUGCCCCGCCCCUCGGCCCCUUAGCCCCUCGCCGGGGAGAAAGGACUGACCCGCCAGGUCGGGGAUCAAGAAUCAUGUUGCCUGAAGCAAGGGACAGGCAGAAGUUCGUCAGUGAUGUUCAAUAUCUGCGGGACAUGCAGCACAAGGUAGAAUCUGAAUAUCAGGCUUGUCUGAGACGACAGGAAUACAGAAGAGACUCAAACGAGAAGAAACGAGACCAACCUUGGGGGCAAGAGACAAAUUUUGAGAGACCCCGGUUUUCAAGCGGGUUAUCUUCCAAACAGAGUUCUAGUGAGGAGGAUCUAGCGGAACCAAAAUUAUCUACCAAGAAUUCCGUGGUUAAGUGUGAUUCCAGACUUCCAGCAAUUGACCAAACAUCAGUCAAGCAGAAACACAAAAGCACCAUGACCAAAAGAAAACCAGAGAAAGGGAGCCCCAGCAAACCCUCUCCAGCAGCCCAGGCAUCACAGAUUUUGUCAAGGAAGAGGAGGCCAAACCUGGGGAGACUGACCGUCAGCCCAGAUCUGGAGAGUCCAACAGCAUCUAGCCCAGACGUGCAGAGCCCAAGAGCGUCUGGGGACAGAAGCAGACAGAAAUUGCAGCUGCCAGUGAGGGCACCGGCCCUCAGGGGAGCAGAUCCAGUAGUUCAACAAGAAAGCCCCAUGUGGGCACGUGACACUAAGCUGAAGAGGCCAACGCUAGAGAGAAGAAACUUAGUCCCAUCCUCGCAGCUCAUGACAAUGACCAAGAAUACCCCCGAGAGAGCCAGAAAGGUAGACCCGAGUAGGUUUUCACAGAAUGAGCCACGUCCAGCCCUAUCCCAGGCCUUCCAGAGAACCAACAGUCCUCAGGUGAUGAGCAAGUCCGUGGGGUCGCCACUCGCCACCACCACGCCUGUGGAAGGGUCAAAAAGGGUGCCAUUUAGGUUCAGAGAUGAAGAUUUUUAUUCCAUUUUAUCAUUAAACCCUGAAGGGGAAAAUGAUGACACUGAAGAGGAGACCCACAUCGAGGAAGAACUUUUGCUGGCCGGUAUGCACCCACCCCGUUCUCCUUCCAAUCAUAGGAGAAGUCGAUUUCUUGGGACAUCGGCCACUCAGGCCAAAAAUAAAAAUUUUGAAGACAAUCCUGAAAAGUGCAGAGCUGAUUUUUUAAGAAGUGAGUGCAGUCAUGGCCCACUAAAAAGCAAUGCAAUGGAGCCAGGGACAAAGCCGCCUUCUGUUGGACAAAGGAUGUUCCAAGACCACAGACUGCCUGAUGGGGGUUCUGCUAAAGAGGAUGACAGCAGUGACAAUGAAAACGAGGAAAAGACCUUUUGUUCAUGGGACACCAAAACUGAACCUAUUCUAGAUGAUGACCUCGACUCUGAAAAUGUAUUUAGCGAUUGUACCUCUAUGGAUGAUAAGCCUGGUACCCAUGAUUAUGAAAGAGACUGGCAAACCUAUUUAAACAGUUCUAGUACUUCUCUUGAUUAUUUCCUUUCUGGUAGACCGACAGCUGCUCCAAGAGCAUCAAUGAACUCAUCUUAUAACACUCCUGAAUCAUUGGUGCAUUCUGACCCGAGAGAUGACAUUCCAGUGGACUUGUCGAUGGCAUCGACUUUAGUUCACAGUUCAGAUUUAGACGGAAACUCAAGGUUUAACGUUCGUCGACCGCUGUCCCCCAUUAGAAAUAGAAAUCCAUUUGCCAGUGCUGAACACCACAGUUAUCUUCCAGUAAACAGUGCACAGGAAUUUGACGUUAGGAGAGCAGAAGCCAUUACUUUAACAAGCCAAUCUCAGGGGGAUCCGUUCCGUACGGAAGACGUCUUGCUAAAUCCUCAAAGCAGCGUGUCCGUGGUGGAGUCUCCCAGCUCCUCUCCGUCCAGAACGAACUUACAAGGCCACUUGCAUGUCCCUGGGUCCCUACAACAAAAUAUCCCUUUUACUUUCUUGGCGGUGUCCGAGUUCCCGUAUCGCAAUGGCAGUGGGAACAGAAUGGCCAUCUCUGGUUUCACAGAUGAGAAAGAAACCACUAAAAUCAAGGCAGACCCCGAGAAGCUCAAGAAAUUGCAAGAAAGUCUCCUGGAGGAGGACUCCGAGGAGGAGGGAGACAUGUGUCGGAUCUGUCAGAUAGCCGGGGGUUCCCCAACCAACCCCCUCCUGGAGCCUUGUGGCUGUGUGGGAAGCCUGCAGUUUGUCCAUCAAGAGUGCCUGAAAAAGUGGCUGAAAGUGAAAAUAACUUCAGGAGCCGAUCUAGGCGCUGUGAAGACCUGUGAGAUGUGUAAACAAGGCCUGCUGGUCGACCUGGAUGAUUUUAACAUGACCGAGUUCUACAGGAAGCACCAGCAGUCACGGGCACAAAAUGAGCUGAUGAAUUCAGGCUUAUACCUGGUGCUGCUGCUUCACCUCUAUGAGCAGAGGUUUGCAGAACUCAUGAGAAUCAACUACAACCGGGCUGUGAGAGAGAGGUUGUCAAGAAAUUUCCCACAACCCAGACCAGAAGAAAAUGAAAAUUCUGAGUUGGGAGACGGAAGUGAAAGCAGCAUUUAUCAAAGCAACAGCCGGGUCAUCUAGCAAGGGAGCUGGCCAUGGAGCUCGGCGGAGACCUCGCUCCCAGCUGCCCUUUCUAUGCCCCCCUGUGCCUCCCUGCCUUCCUCCUCCUCUUUACUGAAACUAAAACCAUCGUGUCCAGUUACCACUUUCACCCACGCCACUCUCUCCUUGGGGUCUGGCUUGAGCAUCUAUGGACAGCAACAGUGACCAGCCCAGCCCCAGACAGCACAGGCCAAGUAGCCUGGGCUUGUUGAGCCCCUGGCAGGCUGUCUUGCUGCUGCCUCUCAGGCCAGAUGCCCCAGGGGACCCAGCAGUCCUGACAGGCCCAGCGGCUUGGGGUCCCUCUGUUGAGGGUGCCUGUUCAGGCCUCACUCCACCGUGAGUGGAAUUAAGCCGUGUAUUCAGUAAACUGACUUAAUUCACCCAGCUUCAUUUUGUUUAUUUCAAUUCCCCUGGACAAAGGCUCAGGGACUCCAGUUGGGAGAAGGAAGCACAUCUCACAGCCCCCACCCACCUCCACUUCUCCUUGCUCCCCGCCAUCAUUAUUACAAGGGAUGACACAUCCUGGACCCCCAUGGGCCGGGACACCUGGAUGGCCAGCUGCCCCCCGCAGGUACCCACUUAGGACCUACUUGGUGCUUCUCUCCUUAUCACAUCUUAGGGCCCAGAGACCAGAUCAAAAAAGGUCAGAGAAGGCUCAUGAUAAAACUGUGUGUGUGUGUGUGUGUGUGUGUG